CCGGAGGGUUCCUCGUCAAUUGAUUCCCUGUUGGUGGCGUCGUGGCCGCGAGUUCGUCGUCGACGGGCAGCCAGGUUGCGCCCUAUCUUGCGGGAGAGCCAUUCGUCGCGUUUUAGGUGCACACGUGCGCCGCGAGGCGACGCGAGGCGAGGCGAGGCGCGUUCCUAGGCAGCUUAUCGUUGCUCUGGUUUCGAUCGACGACACGAAAGACUGGGUCGCUUCAUGGCCUGUCGCUGACACGACUACGGUUGCGAUUCUCGCGUUCGUGUUUCAACGAACUAGGAAAACCAGGCAGGCAAAGCUUGAAAAAGACUGGAUCGCCGAGUGUCGCGAGCGACGAAAUCCACGAGGGCCUAGCCACAGCCCCCGGUGUUCCCCGUGGUGGAUGCCAUGCCCCUCCCCACUUCUUCGAUUCGCCAGGACGUCAGCUGGAACUUGCGUGGUGCGUGUUGGGUGUGCAGCGUGCCGUUGCAGCUUCUAGUCCAUCGUCGCGAUCCGAGGGACGACAGGUGCAAUCCCAUCCUGGAUCGUUUCCCGUGAUCCUCUUGACCGGUUCGCGCGAGAUUUCGAGGACUGAUCGCCUUCCGUGUCCUCCGUGUCGAAGCCAUCCUCGGCGUGGGUGCGUGCGGAUAAAACGUGAUCCCGCGCGACCAGUGGACUCGUCGCGGAUGCGCUCGAUUCCCGUUCGUUUCGAGGCUGUCCGCGCGUGUUAUCGACAGGGUGUAUUUGGUGAGACCUGCGUGUCCUGUGGCGGAUUCCCCCGAGACCAGCACUCCCGUUCCAAAAGAUCUAGGAACACGCUACGAUCUACUUCGUUUCAGCAUCGUAGACCGGGCCGAUAGCGAGAUCCAGGUCUAAUCCUCGGUCGGGAUCGGAUGUGGUGGACGUGUACAGCUGUAGGUACGACAGCGGUUGCACCGACGGCGGAGCUAGCUGCGUGUUCGGACGACCUGGCGCGUGGAAGGGCACAUUGGAUGAACAGGGGUGAUCGUCGGUGAUGGACAAUGAGCAGCCGCAUCAGGAACUGGUCAAGUGCGUGGUCGUGGGCGAUACGGCGGUCGGAAAGACCAGACUGAUAUGCGCGAGGGCUUGCAACAAACACGUAUCGCUAUCGCAGCUGUUGACUACCCACGUGCCCACCGUAUGGGCCAUCGACCAGUACAGGAUCUAUAAAGAUGUUCUAGAACGAUCUUGGGAAGUAGUCGACAACGUGAACGUUUCCCUGCGUCUCUGGGACACGUUUGGCGACCACGAAAAGGACCGUCGGUUCGCGUACGGCAGAUCGGACGUGGUGCUGCUAUGUUUCUCCAUAACGAAUCCCGUCUCGUUGCGGAACUGCAAGGCGAUGUGGUACCCGGAAAUACGAAGAUUCUGUCCUCAGACACCGGUGUUGCUGGUGGGAUGUAAGAACGACUUGCGGUACAUGUAUCGAGAUGAAACUUAUCUCAGCUACUUUCGCGACCGUAGUCCCUUCGUAAGGGCGACGAGGAAGAGCGACUUGGUGAUGCCCGAUCAAGCUCGAGCCGUCGCGAGGGAACUCGGUGUCUGCUACUACGAGACCAGCGUCUUCACGUAUUACGGCGUCAACGAAGUCUUCGAGAACUCGAUACGCGCCGCCCUCAUCGCGCGCCGGCAGCAACGAUUCUGGAUGACGAACCUCAAGAGAGUACAGAGGCCGCUGCUUCAGGCACCGUUUUGUCCGCCGAAACCCGUGCCGCCGGAAGUAUGUCUCGCGACAAGCACCUACGAGGAGAACAUGAAAACGCUGUGGAUGAAGCCUGUUCACACCGACGUGACUCUGAUAGCCGGGAACUGCACGUUCUCGACGCAUCGGUGUUUGCUGGCCGCGGCGUCCCCGGCGUUUCAUCGGCUCUUCACGAUGGAGCUCGUUCAGGAACAGACGCCCAGGAGUUCCAGCGAGUCUAGCAUGGUGAGCACGUUCGGCGAAGCGACGGUCGGCGACUUCAACGACGACACCGAGUGCCUGAUUCGUAUCGAUCAAUCUAAACCCGCAAAAGUUUGGGAACAACUUAAGCGGCGUUCGAGCUUCCAAGUGCUACCCACGAUGGAUAACCAAAGGAAAUCGGCCGGGGCGACCAGGGAACUCAAUCAUCCUGCCUUCCAGAACAUCCGUGUAUGUCUGACCGAAAGCACAAACGGUGUCCAGCAACCAACGACCGUGGUGACGCUGUCGAAGCUGAUCACGCCACAGGCUAUGCAGCAGUGUUUGCAGUUCAUUUAUACGGGCAGCUUGGAUAAACGGUACCACGAUCUGCAAACAGCUCCUAUCGGGCUUCUACUGGAAAUUAGACAAGCGGCCGAGUUCUUGGAGCUGCUGCAGCUGUUGAUGGUGCUGGGAAGUCUGCAAACGAGAGACCAGUUCAACAGCGAUCUCAACUAUCGGUACAAGCAAGUGGUGAGGCAACGACUGGAAAACAUUUGCCUGGAACAAGGGCUAUUUGCUGACGUGGUGUUCGACCUGGACGAUGGAAGCGUACCGGCCCACAAAGCGAUUCUCACUGCCCGAUGCGAUGUAAUGAAGGCCAUGUUCUCCGGCGAUUUCCGCGAAAGUAGCGCAAAAGUGAUAGUAUUUCCUGGCGUACGCGAAUACACGUUCCACAAACUGCUGUGCUAUCUCUACACCGACGAGGUGCCAGCAAUCUCCUCCGCCAGAUGCUUGAACCUCUUGGAAUUGGCGAAUCGUCUCUGUUUGCAACGGCUGGUGAAUUUGGUAGAAAGCAGAGUGAUCGAGGAUCUCGAGAGGCUGUCGCAGAACGAAGGAAACGAGGCCGUGGAGAACUGCCUGAGGCUACUGGAACCGUGCAAGUUGCACAAUGCCGACCAACUCGCUGACUGGUGCAUGAACCACUUGUGCGUGAACUACAACAAGCUGUGCAAGAUGUCUCCACGAAGCGUCAGGCUUCUUCAUCCGGAGAACCAGGAGUACCUCAACGAGCAUCGGUGGCCUCCAGUCUGGUACUUAAAGGACUACGAUUAUUACCAGAAGUGUCUCGCGGAACGAGACCGCGAGAACAAGCCUACGCUGAAGAGGAAUCGCAAUCAAUCCGGUUGCCUGUGCUUCUCCGGCUCGAGCAAAACGAGAAGGGAGAGCUCCGCGAACGGCGGUACAGCGUCGUCGGCGUCGAACGACGCACAAGCCGAACGACCUCUGUUCGACGCGUCGAUAGAAUCGGGUGAACAGGUCGUAUGACAAGAGCCAAGCGGCUUAAGCCGCUCCGUCAGAUUCAUUCUGAUUCUACCCGUGCUCAUGGUCUUCAUAUGCACCAUUUUUACUAUUUUGAUACUCCUACAGAUUUAUACUUAAGGAACGUUCAACGCCGACAAAACGAUCUAUGCACACGAUUACACAGAUAAGUGUACCACGCGGAUCCCCUGUACUUCGAACAGGCCACGCGUUAUCAAUCUUUCUCGUACGCGACAACACCGAGCGUUUCUGUUCCGCGUACACGUUUUUAGUUUCCGAACAAGUCCAAUCGUUUCAGGUGUAGGUUUUCUAAGAGCAAGCGAUACGAACUGUUCCGGGAAAUUGGUGUAUUUUUUCUACGGGAAAAUCUUCGAUCGGAGUAUGCGUUGAUCCGACUUCGCGUCGUCGUUGGGUGAGCCUGUUAUAAAGAUACACGCUGUAUCUUUCGGAGGGACUUCCUGUAGGCGUCCAUCGUUUCUGAACGAAACAAAGCUGGUGCCUUGUGUUAACGACGCGUCUUUGCCACUGAAGAACCUCGAUCUGUCACGGUGGUCACCUGAAAAAGUUUUAUUUUUUCGUCACGCACGAUGCAAAUUUCAUUUUUUCGAACAAUAUGGCAGUUUAUAAUGUUCCAGACUUUUUAGCGUAAACCGUGCAUCGACGUUGAAAAGUCUCGAACAGUACUGACUGUUUUGGUAGCUAUUGUCAUUUUUAAUUCCCUCUGUCUACAGUUUACAAUUGGUUCUACGAAAACCUUGUUUAUAUUAAAAUGGGAACGUGAAAUGAGAUAAUGAUGAAAAUUAAAUUGAAUUCGGAACGUGUAACUGGAAGAAAACAUUUCCAUCGGACGAUCAAAAUCGCCCGGUAUCUUUUAUCGAUGCGUGUUAGACUGAAGAAAACGAGCAAUAGCUUUAGUCGACGGUAGCGCGUUAAGAAUAAUUAUAAUAAACGGUUUAUACAGGGUGCUCGGCCACUCUUGGGUAAAAUUUCAAUGGGGGAUUUUAGAGGGCAAAAUAAGACGAAAAUCAAGAAUAUUAAUUUCUUA